CCAUUAAAAAAAAGCAGUUUUGCUUUUAUUUUAUUUCCUUUUCUUUUUUUUUCUUCCUCACAGUCAGAGCAACAACAGCAACAUGAUGUGUCCUUCUUUUCUGCUUCUUUGUCCUUCUCUGACUUCUUCUUCUCAUCUAGCUAUUAGAAUACUACACGAAACCCAUAGUGACAACCUUACUCCUCUCUCUCUCCCUAUCUCUUCCCAUUCUCUCUUUCAAGAGCUUCCCCUUCCGUGAUUCUUUAAGUUCACAUCUUGUGUUCAUCUGAUGAUGAAUCCAGCUCAUGGAAACUUCAACUGUAAUCCUGUUGAGGAUCCCAAAGUCAGAUUUAGGCACCAUAGCCUUUUGCAAGACUAUCAAGAACUUCAUAUGGAUACUGAAGCAAUGAGAAAAAGGUUGGAGACUAUGCAAGAGAGAAAGGCAACGCUAAUGGCCGAAGUCAGGUUUCUGCGGCGGAGGUACAGACAUUUGAGACAAGACCAACCUGUUAAGAAGGUUAGGGGAAGAUCAAAUGGUGGGAAGAAGAGUAAGACGCAGUUAGUCCGAGUGGAAGUAUCUCCUAAUAAGACAAGUGGAGCAGAAACGAAGCAUGUUUCACUUCCUGACUUAAACCACUCAGGAGAGGCUCAUCAUGACGAAACCAAAACCAAAAAAGUUCCAUUGUUCGAUCUAAACCAGAUAUCUGGAGAAGAAGAGGAAGAGAUGAACAAUAGCGAAGAGAGAAUGAGAGUGGAACAAAGCAGUGCAUGCAAGAGAAUGAGCAGCAUAGAGAUGCUGUCUUGCAGGAAUGGAGGAGACGGUUCACAUAAGAGGAAAAGCUCAUGGCAAGAUCCUGUUGCAGCUCUUAGAGUUUAAAAGACAUCAAAGUCAUGUACUAUCUUGUAACAUAGCUCCACAUCAAUUUAUCUUAUCUUCUCCGUUGAAAACAUAUCCUUGUCCAUUCUUGAUGUGGCCACUUAUACAAGUGACAUUUGUAUACUAGACAUGUGUCGUUCUUA